AUUGAAGUUGUGUGACUGACGUCAUUCAUAGUACGUAGCUCUCAGAGAGUAGUUCUGUAGCUCGCAUCACCAGCUUAUCUUGAGAGGCUUGUGGAUAUAAGGCGAUAACGGAAGGCUGGGUGCACUGUAUGAUAUCACACUUGGUGGAGGCGUGUUCGCGGUAUCCCCGACUGUAUUUGUUUUAUUGGUCUGACCUUUACGGCUAGAUAUUAACUGUGUAACGACUCUGUUCAUUUGCGUCUGAAACUUCGAAGAUUCAACAUGGCACUUUACAGCAUCAAGAACAACCUGCAGCUGGCGACCCUGAAGACCCUCUCCCUGGUCUCCAUCAGCGUCAUGUCACCCCAGCAGAGCGUUCAGGAGCUGUUCCGUACUGCUGACUGCGUUUGCUUCGACGUUGACUCCACCGUCAUCAGGGAUGAAGGCAUCGAUGAGCUGGCGAGGUUCUGCGGGAAAGGCGAAGAAGUUAAGAGACUGACGGCCGAGGCUAUGGGUGGCAGCAUGACGUUUCAGGAAGCGCUGAAGAAAAGAUUAGACAUCAUCAGGCCGAGCGUCAGCCAAAUCAGAGAGUUCAUCGACACAUUCCCUAACCAUCUCACACCUGGUGUAUCGCAACUAGUUAAGACGCUACAGGAGCGCGGCGUGCAGGUAUACCUCGUGUCGGGUGGCUUCAGGUGUCUCAUCGAGCCAGUUGCUGCCCAGCUGAACAUACCUAAAGGCAACAUCUUCGCCAAUAGACUCAAAUUCUACUUCAAUGGAGAAUACGCAGGUUUCGACGAGAACGAGCCUACCUCCCGAUCAGGCGGCAAAGGACUCGUGAUCAGAAGGCUCAAGGAACAGUUCGGUUACCAGAGGGUCAUCAUGAUCGGAGAUGGCGCCACUGACGCUGAGGCCAGCCCGCCCGCUGAUGGUUUCAUUGGAUUUGGCGGUAAUGUCCUAAGAGAGGAGGUCAGAAAGAGGGCGUCCUGGUACGUCACAGACUUCCAAGACCUCAUCACCUCCCUCACGCUGCAAACCAAGUGAACACUCCAAAUAUAGGCUAAUGUGCGCAAUGAAAAUUGAACCUUAGUUCUUCGAACUAGAGGCCUUUUUAGAUGACAUUUUUAGAUUCAAGUUCUCACUAAGUAAUAUCGUACUGAACCAGUAUUAGGUAUUUAAAUUAUAUAAACAUUAGCCUAGUUUAAAUUUUAUACUUCUUAUUUCGACACUUAUUUGUAUAAAAUAGACUUACUGUCUAAAAUGAGUUUUAGAAUAAAAAUACUAUGCUUUUUCUUUGCUCUGGUUCUCAUUGUAAUGACUAAAUUUAGACAUAUUUAUUUACCAUGUUAAACCAUUGUUGAAUAAAUUACUAGUAAAGUAUGGCUAUACUUAUUGGUUGAGUAUGACAUUACUGUUUCAGUAUUGACUCACAGCAUUUUGAUAGCUCGGCCUCUAUUAAGAGCUGAUUUCGAUUGUGCAUUUAUUGUUGACGUAAUUAAAAAAAUGUGAUGGUACUUUGAGUACAAAGAGUUGAAUGCUUUAUUUUUAGAUCAAUAUUUGCGGGACUUAGUCCUGUUAGAUGUUUUGUACAGAUAUGAUAUAUUAAUGAAUAUAAAUUAGGUUUAUACUUGUAAAUAAUUAUUUAGGAUAAAUUCGUGGUGCUUCCAUAAAAGUAUCAGUAAUUAUAACCUUAUUCGUUAGAAUUAUAUUAAAAUUUGUAUAUUUAUAGCUAUUUUUAAUAGGUUAACAGUUUAGUUUUAUAUUUAUAUAACUUUAUAUUCUAUGUUAAUAUUGUUAUGUGACUUAUUUAUUUACUCAGAUUUUAACAUGGUUUUUACGUUAUGCCGGCUGCAGAUAUGCAGUUCGUUAUAUUAACUAAAUGACUACCUAUAACGUAUACGUUUUAUGGAUAAUGGCAAAUAUGGCUGUGUACUUCAAAUGUAAGGAAUUAAAAGAUAUGUUAAGUUUA